UCAGUUCGGAAUAUGCACUUGCGAGUGUUAAAUCAGCCUCGUCUCUUUUGUUUUCUCUCAUUGCCUGGUCUCCUUUUUUUGAGCAUCAAUGGUAGCUCUAUGUGACCAGCUGAUAUUUAACUGAGGAGGAUAGCAUCUAACGGUCCUUCCCUCCAAGGAUUAGGCCUCUGUCAAGACAUGGAGCCUUUGACAGUAGACGAUGACAUUUGUAUCCUCAAACACGAGACAGCCUACACCCCUGCAGGAGAGAGCCCUGUGUCCGUGUGUGCUGGUGAUGAGUCUGUCGCCUCUCAUUUCGCCUUGGUCACAGCUUACGAGGACAUAAAGAAGAGGCUCAGAGACACGGAGCGGGAAAACACUUUCCUAAAGAAAAGGGUGAAGCAAUUAGAGGAAAAGCUCUUCAGGCCAGAGGCUCCACCAUCCGAGGGUCCCCAUUACGUUAACAAGGCCUUCAGUGCUUACAGAGGAAUCUACAUUGAGAAGGAGGACUUACAGUUGGAGCUCAAUAAACUGAAAAAGGAGAAGAGCGAGAGUGAGAAGCUGCUGACGGAGCAGCUCCAAGCCAAAGAGUUAGAGCUGCUUCAGCUGAGGACAGAGAUGGAGACCACCCAAGGUACAGUGAUGAAGAGUCUGAAUAGCCCUCAGGACUGCUGGCAGGUGGAGAGAGUCGACACUGAGCUGCAGAUCCGCAAGCUGAAGGAAGAUCUAGAGAGGGUGAUGCUAGAGAACAGCCGACUGCUGGAGAGAAGCACGGAGGAAUCACAGGGCCUUAAUGGACCAGACUUGAACCAGACAUGUGAUGGAAAACAUAGCGCAAGGGAGAAAAGCAUCCAGCAGACGUAUACAGCUUUGCGCUCUGAGGUCACCCGUCUCCAUUUAGAGCUGAGGCACCAGACAAGCCUGAUCGGGAAGCUCAGGCCGCUGAUCGGUGAAACAAGACAAGCAGCUUCGACUGUUCCAGUUCAGUGUCUGGACGACGUGGAAAAGAACAAUAACCUCACAGUUAUUCGGGCUCCAGUGCCUCGCCCCCCCAGUGCCCCGCCGGUCCCCUCCUGUUCCGGCCGUCCUCUCCCCGCUAUUGGUGGCCCAGCAGGCCCCCCUCUGCCAGACAGCCUGAGGGAGGACUGCUGGUACAACGGGCCUUGGCCCUCCCAGAGCUGUCUGGUGGAGGCACUGGUCGGCAGUGAGACCUGCGCCGUUGUGCUGCCUCCGCCCCCCCUGAACCAAGCCUCUCUGGACGACAGCUCACGCUCCUUCCCCAGCCCCCCCAAGCCCACUGAUGCCAUGUUCUGGGAGGGACACUCGAGUACAUCCAACACGUCAUCCUCGCUGGGAAACUUCACUCCAAUGAGCCCUCCUAAUGCUGAGUGGGCCAAGCCGUAUUAAUUAAACCCAUAAGAAUUAAGAUGAUGGAAAACAAAGUAGAGACUAAGUCUUUAGCUCGGCCACAUAGCUACCACCUUACCUGCCUUAAGCUGAUUAACCACUAAUCAGUGGUGAACUUGAUCGGACCUGCUUCUUGUGGGAACUAAAUGAGGCCAAAGGAGGCCUUUUUGAGGUAAAAACUGUUCUCUGCACGCCGCAUCGGUGAACAUAUCCAACUUUGUAGAGAAAAAGCUGACCCUUAAAAAAAAUCCAACUCAUAUCUCCAUUUGAAUGUGUCCUUGUAUGCACAUGCAUUGGUCUGUGCAGGCAUGCAUACAGGCAGUUUAAUUUGAGUGUUUGUUGGUGUAAAUGCACAUGAUUCAAUGUGCCUGUGAAUGCAAAAAAUCGGCGUGUAGGGAUCUUCCACUUGCUUUUAUCUGUGUAUCAUGGUGAUAAACCCAACGGGGCUCACAGCUGACUCUUUCUCCAUAAGCCGUGGCCCAGGAGCACGAGAGCCACAACACACCAGUAGAGUUUGAAUAACUGUACCUCCACAACGCAAUUUCUUUUUUUUUCUUCUUUACAUUGGAUCAAUGUAAAUUGUAUAAGGUGUGUAGCCCCCGCUUGUCUCAUUGUGUUAUGAAGGAUAUGUGUAGGAAUAUAGGCUUUUGUACAGUGAUGGGGACAGAUGUACAUUUUUGUUCCCAAUUUCAGCAUUUACCAAAUUAAAACUGACCUGUUUGCCUCGAGAAAUUGUUUUUAUUUAAGGCCUUAGACAUAUUUUUAAUGAUCAUGCAUACUGCAUUUCUGUGGAGAUAUUACUUAUCGAGAGCAAAAUACUUAAUAAAAUGUGUAUCCUGCCUGUUGAGAUUGAAUUCUCAGCCGUACCGUGAACGUAGAGCUCUAAUGGGUUAUCUACUAAUGACCCACAUUCCCUCCUCUUCGGUUUUAAAGGGCAUAUAUCAUCAUUUUUACUUUUUCUUUCAGUUGUGUUCAGCGCUGUUGAAUAUCUCAAGGCAUCAGUUCACUCAAAGCUAAAGUAGUGAUGGUAAAACCGCAGCUCAAUUUUGAGCAAAGUGAU